GCGGGAGUCCUGUCGCUCUCAACUGUACUGCCUGCGGAUCGCCAUGAUCUCCGAAGAUGAUGAAUUAAACCUUCUUGUUAUCAUAGUUGAUACGAACCCAAUUUGGUGGGGAAAACAAGCCUUGAAAGAAUCUCAGUUCACAUUAUCAAAAUGCAUAGAUGCUGUCAUGGUGAUGGGAAAUUCUCACUUGUUCAUGAAUCGUUCCAACAAACUUGCUGUGAUAGCAAGUCAUAUUCAAGAGAGUCGAUUCUUGUAUCCUGGAAAGAACUGGAAAUUUGGAGACAUCUUUGGUGAUCCUGGCAACAGCUCUGCUGAGUAUAAUCCUUCAGGUAGUAAGGAUGGAAAAUAUGAGUUAUUAACUGCAGCAAAUGAAGCGAUUACUGAAGAGAUUAAAGAUCUCAUGACCAAAAGUGACAUGGAAGGGCAGCGUACAGAAACGCUGUUGGCAGGAUCUCUCGCAAAAGCACUUUGUUAUAUUCACAGAAUGAGCAAGGAAGUAAAAGAUAACCAAGAAAUGAAGUCAAGAAUAUUGGUCAUCAAGGCUGCAGAAGACAGUGCAUUGCAAUAUAUGAACUUCAUGAAUGUCAUCUUUGCAGCACAGAAACAGAAUAUUGUGAUUGAUGCCUGUGUCUUAGAUACCGAUUCAGGGCUCCUCCAACAGGCCUGUGACAUCACAGGGGGUAUAUACUUGAAGGUGCCCCAGAUGCCAUCUCUUCUGCAGUAUUUAUUGUGGGUGUUUCUUCCUGAUCAAGACCAAAGGUCUCAGUUAAACCUCCCACCUCCUAUUCAUGUUGACUACAGAGCUGCUUGCUUCUGUCAUAGAAAUCUCAUUGAAAUUGGUUAUGUCUGCUCAGUAUGUUUGUCAAUAUUCUGCAAUUUCAGCCCUAUUUGCACCACAUGCGAGACAGCCUUUAAGAUUUCACUGCCUCCUGUUCUGAAGGCCAAGAAGAAGAAAUUAAAAGUAUCAUCCUAGUGACCAGAAAAACCCCCAAACACUUAAUACUCUUUUCUCCAACCUCUUUUUUUUUCUACAGUAGAGAUUUUAACUGAGAAAUCUGUGCUGAAUAUGUUGUCAAAUGGAAUGAUAACUGUACACACAUAGCUGGUCCCUUAAGAACAUUUUUUCAAGAACAAGUUCCUCCUGUGUCUCCACUGGGAAGAGAGCUGGUGGGGGAAGGUCUGCCCCUGAGUCAUGUGAGGGAAAGAACACUUAACUCACCUCUGAUUUUUUUUUUGGUACACCUCUGAAUUUUUAAAACACUGUUAUUUUCAGUUUAGUUCAUUAAGUAUUAAGCCGUUUACAAUGUACAUGGGUGCUAUGUAUAAUCAUUUCUAGGGUCCGCAGUGUUGAUUACAGAUGUUAUCACAUGAAUGUUUUGUUUAAAUCUGGUUCUCUUUUGUGAAAUUCAGGAUAUGUGAUGUUUUCAUGUAAUUUAGACAAUUUAAACACAUUUUUCUUCAUUCUCAGGCCCUUUGGCUUUAAUCAAAACAGAACUUCUUCCUUAAGUAGCCAGCUAUUACCUCUUGCAACAGAAGUGUAAACAGAACUCUCUGUCCAUUAAUUUACUACUCAUUCUCCUUCUCAGACAUUAACAAGUGUUCAGUUUAAAGUCUUUACUAAGUAUAGCUAUUUUUUACCCAAAUAAUAAUCACUGAGUGAUUAUAGAGCCUUUAUUUUUUAAUAAGUUAGGAAAGGGGCAGCUAGGUGGCACAGUGGAAAGAGCACCAGCCCUGGAGUCAGGAAUACCUGAGUUCAAAUCCGGCCUCAGACACUUAACACUUACUAGCUGUGUGACCCUGGGCAAGUCACUUAACCCCAAUUGCCUCACUAAAAAAAAAAAAAAGUUAGGAAAGUGACCUUUGUAUGGCAAA